AUGACGUUGUCAUUACCAAUUAAAUUCAAGGCUGGCAGAGUUGAAUGCAAAGAGAAUACGGGAAUUUAUACGCCGAAUCCUAUAAAGGGGGAGAUCGGUCUAAAGGCUAGCGAGGAAGGUGAAGGCUUCUACAGCUUUACAUGGAGUCCAAGGGACAAAACAGUUACUGGAGUAGAAAAUGAUGAGCUACUCGUUAUUGCCGGAGAUGUGACUUGGAGAAGAGUCAAAUCGUGUACUACAGGAAGAGUUUACAUGCUUCUGUUCCUUAGUUCCGGGGCUAAAUACAUGUACUGGAUGCAAGAUCCUAACGAUGAUGAGGAUGAUCUUUCUAAAGAAACGGAGAAGGACGAACAAUUAUUCAACAAGAUUAAUGAGUUGUUUCAGCCAUCGGGCGAUGAUGAUGAUUGA